UUUCGCUCUCCCAGCCACUUCCCAAGGGAAACAUGGCAUUUGCAGGCAAAUACGAGUUCGAAGGCGAUGAGAACUAUGAUGAAUUUGUGAAGAAGAUUGGUCUUCCCAGUGACAAGAUUGAAUUGGGAAGGAAUUGCAAAAUAGUGACUGAGGUGGUGCAGAAUGGAAAUGACUUCACCUGGACACAGCAUUUCCCAGGAGGCCGCACCACAACCAACACAUUCACAGUUGGCAAGGAAGCAGACAUGGAGACCUUUGGUGGUAAAAAGUUCAAGGCAACUGUUAAAAUCGAAGAUGGAAAGCUGGUAGCUGAGUUUCCCAACUACCGUCACACUGCAGAGAUCAGUGGAGGAAAACUGGUAGAGAUUUCUACUUCUUCUGGUGUAGUCUACAAAAGAACCAGCAAAAAGAUUGCAUAA